AUGAAUGAAGCAAGGCCAACAAGAAUUUUGAAAGAGCUCACAAGAAUACUGCUUCUUGCAGCAUGUGCAUAUGGCACACUUGACCGUGCACUUCCAGAAGGAUUCAGAAACAUUGCAUAUGCAGCCCCAGGCGCACGAUUCAUCUAUCUGACAAACCUCUCUCUAUAUCUUACCAUAGCUUCUGUGGUGCUUGGAUAUACGAUCAGAGCAUUGAAGGCAACAUCUGCACGUCUAUGCAUUCUUUAUAAAGACUUGAUUGCUGUGUCGUUUUCAAUCGAGGGUGUUGUAACAUCCAUGUUUUGGACACUUUAUGCAAUCAAUCCUAUGCUUUUGCGGAGCAAAGUCUUACUUUCAAAAGAGCUGUCUAUCAGUCUUACAACAGACAUCUGCCAACAUUUCCUUCCAUUCGUUCUAAUGUUUGUGGAGCAAUCAGAUACUGUGCUUGUAAAACGAAAAGGAUGUGCAUAUGCCAUACUUGCACUCGGAACAUUAUACCUUACAGGUAUUUGGAUGUAUUCAUCGGUGUAUGGCGUCUGGGCAUAUCCAAUUCUCAGGAAAAGCGGAGCUGCAAUCAGAAUAAUGCUGAUAUAUAUGGGAUGCAUACUUGGUGUAAUGUUCUACAUGUGUCUUGUCAGAAUCAACAGGUUCUGCAUAAAACAAGUUUAUUAA